GCCUUCCUUCCGCUCCUCGCACCGGCUCGGCUCGGCUCUUUCGCGCAGACCCGCCACCGGCCGAGCUCCUGCCCCAAGGCGAACUUGGCCAAGCUGCCCAAACGGGACUUGCUGGCAGCGGCAGCAACAGCGAAAGGCAGCGGGAGGAAAAGGAAAGGGAAGCGGGGCUGAGCCAUCCCCCUGCGCCGAGAGCGCGUCCGCUCUGCUGGAGCAGGGCAGAGGGAGCCUUGCGCCACGCGGUAGGGAGAAGCCCCGGCCGCCACGGAGCGAGCGCAGAAGCAGCCGCAGCCUGCUUGCCAGGCGUAGCUUGGUCUGCCGCCGCCCCUUCCCGACGGGCCCUCGUCCUGGCGCUGGAAAUGAAGGGAGUUUGCGCGCUCGCCCUCUGGCUCUGGCUCAGCAUCGUCUCCGAAGCAGAUCUAGUGAGUGGCUAUUCUAUGACCCCACCCACUCUCAGCAUCACAGAAGAGGAAUACAUGAUCAACACUAAGGAUACACUGAAUAUUACUUGCAGAGGGCAGCAUCCCCUGGAGUGGUCGUGGCCUGGAGGCCAAGAGGACACUGUCCAGAUUGGGAAGGAGAGCAAAUCAGUGGUGUUGGUGAGUCUCGACGGUAUCCGAACAGUCAAGGAAGAGGAAUGUGAGGGCACUGACACAAAGCCCUACUGCAAGGUCUUGACACUGACAGGGACUCAGGCUAACGACACGGGCUACUACCGCUGUUACUACAAGUACAUCAAUGCCAAAAUCGAGGGCACCACUGCAGUCAGCACCUAUGUAUUUGUGAGAGAUUUUGAGCAGCCAUUUAUCAAUAAACCAGAGACUCUUCUUAUCUACAAGAAGGAGGAUAUCUGGGUCCCAUGCCUGGUAUCUGUUCCAGACCUCAACAUCACUUUGCUCUUGACGACCUCUGCUAUCUAUCCGAAUGGGAAGAACAUUCUAUGGGACAACAAAAGAGGAAUGCUGGUUCCCACCCUCCUGAUCAAGGACUCCUUAAUUGUUCAGUGUGAAGCUUUCAUUGAUAGGAAGCCCUUCAAAUCCAAUUUCUUCCUUGUCCACAUUGCAGGAAAUGAACUUUAUGACAUCCAGUUAUUCCCAAGAAAGGCCAUGGAGCUUCUAGUGGGAGAAAAACUAUAUCUCAACUGCACAGUAUGGGCUGAAUUUAAUUCAGGAGUUGAUUUCCAGUGGGAUUACCCAGCAAAACAGAUGAACCGGAAAGUCACAGAACUGCCUGAGAGACGCUCCCAGCAGACACACACUGAGCUCUCCAGCAUCCUGAUCAUCCAAAAUGUGAGCCAACAAGACCUGGGAAAAUAUACAUGCAAGGCUAGCAAUGGGGAGCAGGACUUGAAGGAGAGCAUAGAUGUCAUCGUACAUGAUAAACCCUUCAUAAACGUGGAGUGGAGGAAGGGCCCGGUGAUUGAAGCAACAGCAGGAGAUGAAAUUGUGAAGCUGCCAGUGAAAGUGGUUGCCUACCCCCAGCCUGAGUUUCAGUGGUUUAAGGAUGGCAAGUUAAUUUCCAACAGACAGUCUCAAUAUUCCCUGCAGAUCAAGGAUGUGGCAGAGCAGAACUCUGGUUCUUAUACAUUGGUUCUGAAGAAUGGGCUGGCUGGACUGGAGAAGAGCAUUACUCUCCAGUUGCUGGUCAAUGUUCCUCCACAUAUCCAUGAAAAAGAAGCAUCUUCACCAAACAUCUAUUCCAGUAAAAGCCGGCAGGUACUCACCUGCACUGUGUAUGGCAUCCCAUCCCCAGAAAAGAUCCAGUGGCAGUGGAGGCCUUGGACACCCUGCCCAAUGUUCUCCCAGCACAGUAUUAGCAAAAGGAGGACUGUACGACGCCAUCAGCGGGACCGGAUGCCCGAGUGUAAGGACUGGAAGGAUGUGUCGCAGCUGGAUGCUGUGAACCCCAUUGAGAGCAUUGACACCUGGACAGAGUUUGUGGAAGGAAGGAACAAGACGGUCAGCAAACUGAUAAUCCAAGAAGCCAAUGUUUCUGUCAUGUACAAGUGUGCAGCUUCUAACAAAGUUGGUCGCGAUGAACGGCUGGUCUAUUUCUAUGUAACUACCAUCCCAAAUGGCUUUGAAAUUGAGUCACAGCCUUCAGAGGAGCCCAUUGAAGGACAAGACCUGAUGCUAAGCUGCAAUGCUGAUAAUUAUACCUAUGAGAAUCUGCAGUGGUACCGGCUCAACCUCUCAACUCUGCAUGAUGAAGAGGGCAACCCGCUGGUCCUAGACUGCAAGAAUGUCCACCAUUAUGCAACUAAGAUGCAAGGCGAACUGCACUUCAAACCCAACUCCAAUUAUGCUGCUUUGACACUCACCAUCCCAAAUAUCUCACUAGAGGACGAGGGAGACUAUGUGUGUGAAGUGCAAAACAGGGAGAAUAGUGAAAAACACUGCCACAAAAGAUACAUCUCUGUACAUGCCCUGGAGGUCCCCAAGUUGAAGCAGAACCUGUCAAACAUCUUGGUGAAUGUGAGCGAUUCCAUUGAGAUGCGCUGUAAAGUGGAUGGUACACACAUUCCGAACAUCAACUGGUAUAAGGAUGAGAAGCUUGUAGAAGAGGUCUCAGGGAUUGACCUGGCAGAUUCCAAUCAGAGACUGAGUAUCCAGAGGGUGAGAGAAGAGGAUGCUGGUCUUUACCUGUGUAGUGUCUGCAAUGCCAAGGGUUGCGUGAAUUCCUCCGCCAGUGUCUCUGUAGAAGGCUCGGAUGACAGGACCAAUGUGGAGAUUGUGAUCUUAAUUGGGACGGGUGUCAUUGCCAUCUUCUUCUGGAUUCUCUUAAUCCUCAUCUUUUGUAAUAUCAAGCGACCUGCUCAUGCUGAUAUCAAGACUGGCUACCUUUCCAUUAUCAUGGACCCAGGUGAAGUUUCCUUGGAGGAGCAAUGUGAAUACCUGCCCUAUGAUUCUAGCAAAUGGGAAUUCCCUCGGGAGCGACUUCGACUCGGUAAAGUCUUGGGCCAUGGAGCCUUUGGGAAAGUGAUGGAAGCCUCUGCAUUUGGAAUUAACAAGAGUAACAGCUGUGAAACGGUGGCAGUUAAAAUGCUCAAAGAGGGAGCUACUGCAAGUGAACAUAAAGCACUUAUGUCAGAGUUGAAGAUCCUCAUCCAUAUUGGAAACCAUCUUAAUGUGGUUAACCUUUUGGGUGCCUGCACCAAACCUAAUGGUCCCCUCAUGGUGAUUGUAGAAUUCUGUAAAUAUGGAAAUCUCUCCAAUUACCUACGGACCAAACGGGAAGGAUUCAGUCCUUAUAGGGAAAAAUCCCCCAGAUUGCGCAUCCAAGUUCGUUCCAUCGUGGAAGCUGUCAGAGCAGACAGAAGGAGCCGGUCUUGUACCAGUGACAGUGCAAUUCUUAAUAGACUUCUGAUGAACAAGAGCCAAGCAGCACUGCCACCCCCACUCAUACGAGAAGUGGAUGACUUGUGGCAAAGCCCUCUGACAAUGGAAGAUCUGAUCUGCUAUAGCUUCCAGGUGGCACGUGGCAUGGAGUUUCUAGCUUCCAGAAAGUGCAUCCACAGAGACUUGGCAGCACGCAACAUCUUACUAUCAGAAAACAACGUGGUGAAGAUUUGUGACUUUGGUCUGGCCCGGGACAUCUAUAAGGAUCCUGACUAUGUUAGGAAGGGCAGUGCCCGUCUCCCACUAAAGUGGAUGGCUCCAGAAAGCAUCUUUGACAAAGUCUAUACCACCCAAAGUGAUGUGUGGUCAUUUGGAGUCCUCCUAUGGGAGAUCUUCUCACUAGGUGCCUCCCCAUACCCUGGAGUCCAGAUCAAUGAAGAAUUUUGCCAAAGACUUAAAGAUGGCACCAGGAUGAGAGCACCAGAAUAUGCCACUGCAGAAAUUUAUCGUAUAAUGCUGAGCUGUUGGUAUGGAGAUCCCAAGGGAAGACCAACUUUCUCUGACUUGGUGGAGAUCCUGGGGGACCUUCUUGAAGAGAAUGUCCAGCAUGAAGGGAAGGAUUAUAUCCCAUUGAAUGACUCUCAGAGUUCUGAAGAUGAUGGCUUCUCCCAGGUGGCUUCAUCCAUCCAGCAGAAUUCUGAUGAAGAAGAAUUCGACAUGAGGAUACACUGUCACAACACAGCAGUAAGAUAUUAUAACUGUGUGUCUUUCCCUGGCUGUUUGACUGGUGGGAAUCAGAUAAGAUGUCCGUCCAGAAUAAAGACUUUUGAAGAAUUUCCUAUGACACAAACCAUGUAUAAAGCACAUCCGGACAAUCAGACAGACAGUGGGAUGGUUCUGGCAUCCGAGGAGUUUGAGAGGAUAGAAAAUAGACACAGAAAAGAAGGUGCAUUCAGCAGUCGAAAUGCAGAGUCAAUAGCGGAUCGGUCAGACCUGAGGGGUAGGUGUCGGCCAUCAUAUCAAUCCCAGCUCAGAGGCCAGACUUUUUACAACAGUGAAUAUGGGGAACUGUCAGAACAGUCAGAGGAAGGCAGCUGCACUCCGCCCACCGAGAGAGCCAGUCCCUCCCUCCUUCAUGCUUCAUUCUUUUCAGACCAAUACUGAAGUGAAGAAUAGAUUGUGGAGAUACCACCCUUCACCCUUUGUGCAGCAGUACCCUUGUACGGUGGAGCCCACCUCCCCUUCCUCCUGAAGAAGCCACAUCGGGGAACCCCUGUGGAACAGAUGGAGAACUCCUUGGAUGUGAAGACAGGGGCCAAGCAGAUCAACGUGGGAUACAAUCAUUGCAUUUGGCACUAGCACAUUUCCUUGAUCUGGUGCUGUAUUCUCCCAACCCCUACCACCCUCAUUUAGAUCUUGGAUGCAGUCCUCUGGGUGAAACAGAACUGUUCUGCCACCAGAUGGAUGUCGUGUUGAGAGCUGCAGCCACCACUCAGUAUUCAGCCUCCAUUCAGAUAGUUUGCCAUAAUAAGCUCUAUUUCAGGUCAGAUAAAAAUAGAUGUGUCUUAGCUGAGUUUCUUCCUGAUAUGCAGCUUUGUUGGUUUCUGCUCUUGUUUCAACUCAGCUAUCAGGAGAGGAUAAAAGAACCAAAUGAAUGAAUUUGGGCAAUGGAAGAGUAUCCAUACUUGGAUAGUCCAGCUUCACUGGAUAUAGACAUUCCCUAUAGGCACAUCAAUACACAAUUAUAUAUUACAUACUCAAUUCUUGUAUGGUGUUACAUAUUUUGUUUAUGUUAGACACUAAGAUAGCUCCAGCCUAUUGUAGAUUUUAUUCCAUCACAGUUCCCCCAUCUAUGCUGACAUUGUCUGCUCUAAUGCAAAAGAGAACUACUUUACCUCUGUGUAUUGGAGAAUCUGGUGGUAACUGGUUCAAGCUGGAAAUUCAUUUUCUUCUUCUCUACUGACACGUAGAGAAGUACAGAAGUACUGAGAAGCAUGUCUAAAGGUGAGGAUUCACAAACACGGAACCCAUUUAUGUGCCUAGAUUCAUCUUUUUCCCCCCUUUAGUACAAUCAGCAAGGAUGGUCUGUAUUUACUGCAUGCCAUUCAAGCAAACUGUCAUAGCUGACAUAGCUAUGGCUUUGACACAGUUUCUCCAUAAAACAGUACCCUUCCAGUUUCUGUUUCUUUAUUGACAACCAUCCAUAUAAAAAAUCUAGUGUCCCCUGUGACCCCACUGCGAAUCAUAGAGUUGAAUGCAAAAUUAUUAUACUUAGACAAAGAAAUAUAUUUCUUGCCCUUAUAAUAACAGAGAAGAAUGUAUAACAGCUUUCAGAAAGAAUCUAAUGAAAUUCUUACUUGGUGUUCAGAGCUCUCUCCUUCUACUUAUUCUUCCCUACAGCCUUCAGUCUCUGCCUCCCUGUCCCCUACACACUUACUUGCUCUUCUCAAGAUAUCGUAUGUCAGAAUAAAUAAUCCAAAGUUAAUUUAUGCAAAUUUAUUUAAUUUGCAUGAUUUAUUCCGAUUCUGGGAUUUAAGGAUAUUACGAAACUCAUACACACACACUUACCUUCUACCCCAGACACAGUCUUUAGUACAAUCAGUUUUUCUGUUUCUAACUGUAAACCAUUGCAUCAAUGAGCUUUUGUUUUUGUUUUUUACAUAAAUGGAGGGUGAAUAUAAAGUCAAUCUGAUCUUGUUUGCGUUAUUGUUCCCUGACAUACUUGACCAGCCUUUCCCUCCCAGCUACAAUUCUGAAGGACGCUGCUAUACAAAAAUUUAUGUGAAAGCUUUAUAAAAUGGCUUUUGACCAGCUUGGGAACUUCCCUUUGGAAUCCUGUAGACACCUUGGUGUCAGAAGCUCCCCCUCUCAAUUGUAUCUCCAUAUCAAAGGAUUUCUGCUUGCAGGCCAGGCUUCUGUUUAUAGAACUGAUGGUUUGGGUUUGGCUUAUUUUAUUGUUUUCAUACUGGGCAUAUUUUUUUCAGAUUAUAUAUAUUUUUCCUUCAUAAGAGGGCUUUAUGUAUUUACACAUUUGUACCUGACAUUGUCCAUGCAUUUUCCAAAUUGAUUUGUACCUUUUGUGAGUGCA